AUGAAAGUGAGGAAAUAUAUUAUUUUAUGCCUUUGGUGGGCCUUUUCAACAUCUACUCUUGUAUUAUCACAACAAAUUCCAUCGAAGGACCAUACAUCACGACAAUAUUUUGCCAUAGAAAGCAACGAAACGUUGUCUCGCUUAGAAGAGAUGCAUCCGAACUGGCGAUAUGAACAUGAUGUCCGAGGGCUACCCAACCAUUAUGUUUUUUCUAAAGACCUACCAAGAUUGGGCAAAAGAUCAUCAUUAGAAGAGUUACAGGAAAAUAAUAUCGACCACAUAUUAUCAGUUCAUGAUUUAUCUCCUCGUAACGACUUGUUUAAGAGACUGCCCGUACCAGCUCCACCAAUGGACUCGAGCUUGUUGCCAGUAAAAGAAGCUGAAGAUAAACUUAGCAUAAAUGAUCCGCUUUUUGAGAGGCAAUGGCAUUUGGUCAAUCCAAGUUUCCCCGGCAGUGAUAUAAAUGUUCUUGAUCUAUGGUACAAUAAUAUUACAGGCGCGGGGGUCGUGGCUGCCAUUGUCGAUGAUGGCCUUGACUACGAAAAUGAGGACUUGAAGGAUAAUUUCUGUGCUGAAGGUUCUUGGGAUUUCAACGACAAUACAGAUUUGCCAAAACCGAGAUUAUCAGAUGACUAUCAUGGUACAAGAUGUGCAGGUGAAAUAGCUGCCAAAAAAGGUAACAAUUUUUGUGGUGUCGGGGUAGGUUACAACGCUAAAAUCUCAGGCAUAAGAAUACUAUCCGGCGAUAUCACUACCGAAGACGAAGCCGCUUCCUUGAUUUAUGGUCUAGACACAAAUGAUAUAUAUUCUUGCUCAUGGGGUCCCGCCGAUGAUGGGAGACAUUUACAAGGCCCUAGUGACCUGGUGAAGAAGGCUUUGGUGAAAGGUGUAACUCAGGGAAGAAAUUCCAAGGGGGCGAUUUAUGUUUUUGCUAGUGGAAAUGGUGGGAGUCGUGGUGAUAACUGUAAUUACGACGGUUAUACUAAUUCCAUAUAUUCUAUUACUAUCGGGGCUAUCGAUCACAAAGAUUUACAUCCUCCUUAUUCUGAGGGUUGCUCUGCCGUCAUGGCAGUCACCUAUUCUUCAGGUUCAGGCGAAUAUAUUCAUUCGAGUGACAUCAAUGGCAGAUGCAGUAAUAGCCAUGGCGGAACUUCUGCAGCUGCUCCCUUAGCUGCCGGCGUUUACACUUUAUUAUUAGAAGCGAACCCAAGCCUAACCUGGAGAGAUGUACAGUAUUUAUCGAUUUUAUCUGCGGUAGGAUUGGAAAAGAAUACUGAUGGGGAUUGGAAAGAUAGUGCCAUGGGAAAGAAAUACUCUCAUCGCUAUGGCUUUGGUAAGAUCGAUGCCUAUAAGUUGGUUGAAAUGUCUAAGACCUGGGAAAAUGUAAACCCCCAAACGUGGUUUUACUUGCCAACAUUAUAUGUUUCCCAGUCCACAAACUCCACGGAAGAGACGUUAGAAUCUGUUAUAAACAUAUCAGAGAAAAGUCUCAAAGAUUCCAACUUUAAGAGAAUUGAGCAUGUCACGGUAACUGUAGAUAUUGAUACAGAAAUUAGAGGAACUACGACUGUAGAUUUAAUUUCACCAGCGGGAGUAGUUUCAAACCUUGGUGUCGUAAGAUCAAGAGAUGUUUCGUCAGAGGGAUUCAAAGACUGGACAUUCAUGUCUGUAGCACACUGGGGUGAGAGCGGAGUAGGUGAUUGGAAAAUAAAGGUUAAAACAACAGAAAAUGGACACAGAAUUGACUUCCACAGUUGGAGGCUAAAGCUUUUUGGGGAAUCCAUUGACCCGUCCAAAACAGAAACUUUCGUUUUUGGAAAUGAUAAAGAGGAGGUGGAACCAACUACUACAAAGGAUGCCCCAUCACAAUUUUCUACCGGCACAAUUUCCAUUUCCGCCAGCACGACUUCUGUUUCCACUACCUCGAUCGGCGUGGAAACCUCAGCCGUCGCUCAAACCACCAGUACAACUACUGACCCUGAUUCUGAUCCAAAUACUCCUAAAAAACUUCCCUCUCCAAGACAAGCCAUGCAUUAUUUUUUAACAAUAUUUUUGAUUGGUGCCAUAUUUUUGGUAUUAUACUUCAUGUUUUUUAUGAAAUCAAGGAGAAGAAUCAGAAGGUCAAGAGCGGAGACAUAUGAAUUUGAUAUCAUUGACACUGACUCUGAAUACGAUUCUACUUUAGAUAAUGGCACUUCCGGAAUUACUGAACCCGGAGAAGUUGAAGACUUUGAUUUUGAUUUGUCCGAUGAAGAUCAUCUUGCAAGUUUGUCUUCAUCGGAGAACGGUGAUGCUGAACAUACAAUCGAUAGCGUACUAACAACUGAAAAUCCAUUCAGUGACCCAAUAAUGCAAGAAUCUCCAAAAGACAGUCGCGAAGCAACUGCUUCCAAUGUAUUACAAAAACUAGAGUCUGAUGUUCCUCCGUCCUCUGGGCAAUCAUAA